AUGAACGAGCUUGUAUAUGAGAUGCGGGUUCUUUUCGUGGUUUCAUUAACUGGAUGCAUUUUGGUUUACAAUAUAUCUGUGUUUACAAUAGCUCUGUCUCUAUCUCUCUCUGUGCUUCAGAAAACUGUUGUGGAGAACAUCCUGGCCUUCAAUGAGGGCUUCUGGAUUAGACUUGCUGCAAGAACUGAUACCUGCAAGUCAGAAGAUGAUAAAAAAGAUUACGAGGAAUUGGCUCUAUCUGUUAUGAGCAUAGUGGACCACCUAGUUCAUAAAACUAAUGAAAAGAUAGAAUCUUCGACUGAGGUUCUCAAGGAAAUUUUAAAGCCUGUUGUUGAUGAAAAGGAAGAGAUUUCCUGGCCUCCCAGAGACCCCGAGGCUCUUAAAGCAAUGGAGGAAGAAGUAAUGCAAAUGGAGCAAGAAGGUCAACUAGAUGAAGGAUUCCUCUCUGAAGUUAAUGCACAGUUAAGACAAGCAAAAGAAGAUGGAGACAAGCCCGGGCUUGUGGCUAUGCUACAGAAAGUCCUGCAGCUUUAUGCUCCUAGAGUUCUCUCCAAGCGCAGUUAUGCCAAGAGAGGAAAUGAAGUGUUGAAAGCAGAGAAGUUUUUGGAGGUCCUUAUAAAAGCUCCAGAGGAAGAAUGGAAUAAGCUAUUGCUCGAUGGCAUGACAUUUGGGAAAGGCGAUGUUUCGCCAGAAGAUUUAUACGCAGUCAUAAAGAAGCGAAUAGAGCGAACUUUGAUCCGAACAGAAGGAGGUUCUUACCAGCAGAGGGUCCUCACAGAGUAUCUAAAAGGUAUCCAAUCAAGAGCAGAGGAGGUCGUACAAAUAUUACAAGGAAAACCUGAGUAGUGCGUAUGGGCAGUGUUGAUAGGUUUCUUGGCCGGUUCAUCAUCCGCACAUGAGCAUAGCGAGUCUUUGGUCACAACACUAGAAAGAAGAAGACAACAAUUCAGAGCUCUUCAGAUUUUUAU